ACAACGCAAAACCCAUUUUCUGUAUUUUUAGCCGGUUCCGACGCUCACGCAGGCUCUCGCACAAAAAGAACGAUGCAGUUUGCGCGCAUCUGAUCUCAGGCGUCAGUUCCUAAGACGCAAUGACGUAAUGUCAUCUGACAAACCACCUGGCUCCAUGAUGAAUCGUCAUAAAUAAAUAGGUAGCAUAACGACGACACGCUUUCUUGUCUCCGUCGUGGCAAGGACAAAGAACUUUUCGAUUUGCAUUCGCGUAACAAAUUGUUUUUCGUUACAGCGCAGAGCGCGGAUAUCGACGUUCCUGGUCAGAUGAACGAGCGAGAUUAAACGAUCGUCAAUAUCGUAUCAUUCCGAUCUUAUCACCACAUAUUUUUUUAUUACUGAAUUUAUUUCGCGGUUAUAUCUCUGGGGAUAUACACAGAUCGUUGAAAGAUACGAAGCUGAAGUGUAAUCUCGCACCUGAGAAUAUUUCCAAAGAUUGACAGUUGCGGAGUUGCGUGCCCCCUCGUUUGGGGGAGGAAGGGGGGGACCAUUAAAAAAUUGGUUCCACAAUCUCUCAGGAUCUUAAGUAUCUCUGAAAUCCGGAAAGACCCGCGAAAAGAUUCACGAAGCGCACGAUCGCGUUAAACGCUCACGUCCGCGGCUCCGGCCUCCCACCAUCGGGAAACCGUGGCAAGCAAGGCACGACGGCAAAACGUGCGUACGUUUACAGCUGUUUGCCAGUCGUCACCGGACCGCCGUCGUGGUGUCUGGCGAAGGUCAUUAACGCCGUCGUGAUUAUCAUCGUCACCGCUCGCGUUCCCGUUCGUCAUCCCGUAAUUUUUCGUCACUACGUUAAAAUCGUUCAGUUCCGAGACAGGUGGAACCAUGAAGGAUUCCUGUCAUCUCGCAUGAAUACGCGCCUCACGUAUUCAUAGAAAAACAUCGAGAGGAGAGAGAGAGAGAGAGAUAGAGAGGGGGGGGGAAGAGGAAAAAAAGGAAUAAUCGGUAACGGACGGAAACGGCGAAAUUAAUCGAGGAUUGACCUCUCAAUUGAAUCGCGAACGGAUAGCCGGUAAGAAAGUAAACACGUCGCCAGCGUGGCGAUAGUGAUCGAGAGAGUGGCGAUUGAUCGAGAUCGAAGGGGACCGGCACGGACCAACCGGUUGAAAAAGAGAGUCCUCACGAUGGGCCUGGCAGACGCGGAUCUGGGUAUGGGCGCGGGAGCAGCAGGUGGUCCCGUCCUGGCUCUCCCUGGUCCAGGAGUCAACGCCGCCCUCUCACAAACAUGCGCCAUAUGCAGCGAUCGCGCCACGGGGAAGCACUACGGCGCGGCGUCCUGCGAUGGCUGCAAGGGUUUCUUCCGCCGAUCAGUUAGAAAGAAUCAUUCGUACACGUGCAGAUUUCAAAGGAAGUGCCCGAUUGAUAGGGACAAGCGAAAUCAAUGCAGGUACUGCCGACUUCGGAAAUGUUACAGAGCCGGCAUGAAGAAAGAGGCCGUGCAAAACGAAAGGGACCGGAUAAGCUGUCGGCGACCCAGCAAUGAGGACCCGCCUGACAAGAAUAAGGGUCCGUCGAAGGAGGACGUGGUGAAGGCGGAUGCACGCGCCGAAAUGCUCAGCAAACAAGUUGGCGUGUUAGAGCUUCAGCAGCCAGACAGUCCAAACGGCGAAAUCGACCUCAGCACAAAGCGGAUAGCUGGUAUAAACGACGUGUGCGACAGCAUGAAGGAGCAAUUGCUGAUUUUGAUCGAGUGGGCCAAGUGUUUCGACGAGUUCAAAGCGUUGUCGCUGGACGACCAAGUCGCGUUGCUGAGGGCCCACGCGGGCGAGCACCUGUUGCUGGGAGUGGCGAGACGUAGCAGGAACUUCACGGACGUGCUACUGCUCGGCAACGAUUGCAUCAUUAUGAGGAACUGUCCUGUAAUAUCAUUGCAAUUUGUAGAGGGGAGCAAUCAGCAGGACCUGGACAUCAGCAAGGUGGGCGUCAGGGUGAUGGACGAGCUGGUGAAACCGUUUCAGAAGAUCAAGAUUGACGACACGGAGUUCGCUUUUCUCAAAGCCAUCGUGUUCUUUGACCCGAACGCGAAAGGAUUGAGCGAUCAGAAGACGGUCCGGGAGCUGCGCCACAACAUCCAAGUAAAGCUCGAGAAUCAUAUCAGCGAUCACCGUUGCGAUCUGCCAGGGCACUUCGGUGAUAUCCUGCUAAUGUUACCCGCUCUGCAGUCGAUCUCAUGGCAGAUGGUCGAGCAGAUCCAGUUCGUCCGCCUAUUCGGGGUGGCACAUAUUGACAAUCUGCUUCAGGAGAUAUUCCUGGGCGGCACCACGUCGGAGAUGAACGGCACCGCUACCCCCUUACCAAUCUCGAACACCGCGCCAGGCAGUUAUAUGAGCAGCAACGAGAGCCCCAGCAGCCCCCUGACGCCGGCGAAUACUGGCAAUCUGAGCCCGCAAACCGAUCAGAUGCCCGUCAUGAUCCUGAGGGAUCUCACGCCGAACCAGGACUUUAGAUACUUCAAGCAGGAGCCCAGUCUUGAGCCCGAGACCAGCUUCUGACUAGUUUCGGGAACUGAGCUCACCGCUGAAUAGCCAACGACGCUAUUUUGCUCAAAAAUUGUUGCUCAAUUAAUAAAACUGCGCGUAUUAUGUUAAUCAAAUGAAAUGUGAUCGUUGGUCCGCAAAAUAAGGCGGGAUGUGAGGAAGAGAUGAAAGAUCGACACUUGUUGCAAAUGGUGCAACAUGUGAGAGGAGUUAACGCGAAAGAAUCCAGAUUUACAUGAUUGUAAUUUUUACGGCGCGGCAUGCUGUGGUCACAUUUCCUGCGGCUCACGAUUAGCCAAGACCCGCACCUGUACAGAUACCGAUUGAUCGCCGACCAAGAUGAAUGUGAUAAGCGAUAAGAUCGUGUCUUGCCAUUAUUAUUGCUACUGUUACUGUUGCGAUAGUAUUCGGGCCGUUUCCGAAGUCCAGGCUAGGACUAGAGGAUAAUGCGUGUAAUACAAUCGUGCAAUUGACAAUAAUAAUCAUUAGCAACUAAUUUGGAACAGGGACUGAAACCGAGGCAAUCUAUACGAUGGGUUUUCGUUUGUAUAAAAAAAAACUCUUAGCCUUGUCAUUGAUUGCAGCACUUUUAUUGCGUCUGACUAAUAAAAUUCAAUUUGGUGUAUCUUACGACAUCGAAAUUCGAAUUCAUCAAAAUAAUAUCGGUUUCGAACCCUGACUUAGAGAAUAGAAUGUAAGUCCAUAUUCGACUAUUAUUGUUGUACAUACAGAGGUAUGUUUGCAAGUCGAGUUAAGUAAUCAGAAACAAUAAGAAACAUCAGCGUUGAUGUAACGAGAAAUAUAUAUAUGUAUUUUUUUACUAUUCUGCUCAGUCCGAAUUGGGUGAAUAGCGUUCGCUGUAGUUCGUGAUAUAGUGUAAAUAGCAUGAUGCAGCAAUGAAUAACAAUACGUAUAACAUUCCAAUUAUAGCUGUAUCAAUAUAAACGUUAUAGGUAGUCUUAAAAUAGCUGAUAGGACACGCGCGCUGACAUAAUAAUCAUCGCGGGUCCUCUGCAAAAUGAAAAGUGCGCCAUUGCAAUGCAAUUUACCGUUAGUAGUGAUGAGGAAUGCACAGGCGGUUGGCCAUUUUAUGCGUGCGAAUGUCGAGCAAUAAACCGGUCUGCCACAGCGGCCUGUGCCUAAUCAAAAAAUGGCUAGUGCAUCUUAUCGCGGUGUUAGUCUUUAGCGAAAUGUCAACACUGACAUUAUGGCCGGAUAGAAAGCAAUAGCAUAAUAAUCA